CUACAGAUGGUUUAGAGGAGUUCACAAUGAUAUUUGAAAACGUUAUUGAACUUUGUGAAUUAUGCAAUUGCUCACGGCUUUGAAUCACGACCGUGACCUAAUUGUUGCGAGCAUGCUUACAGACAUUUCAUCAUAUUCAUGCCCAUGAACAUUUUCUUGCGCGUGGGACCUCUAUCUCAUGGUUUGGCUUGUUGUAGUCGUGAAGCUAACCAUAAGACAAUUUGUACUUGUCAUUAAUCACAUUCUUGGCCCGAAAUGAUGUUCACGGUGUGAGCAUUAGUUGUGAAGUUGGCCACGGUCGUGACUCGAGUCGUGAUAUGACUUCGAGUUUUCUUCUUGUCUUCUUUACCACCUGCAAACGACUUUCGAUUGACAUGAAACUUGGUGCACUCUCCUUCGUUAUCAUGUUAGGCAUGAGAUUAGGAAAGAAAACAUAACAUAACCUAGAAUAUGUUAAGGUAACAAUAGCUUUUUGUGCUCCUCUUGAUUUAUUUUUAUUUUUAAUGUUUUAUUUUUAAAAAUUUUCUCAUCAAAUGAAAGUGAAAGCUAUGUUGUAGCUAGGGGUGAACAAACACACCCGCAAACCGACCCACCCGUCCAACCCGACCCAACCCACCCGUAUUUAUCGCUAAAACGAAGGUUUUGGGUUGGGUGAAGGUUUUCUUUUGUACAACCCGCCUCUUUUGGGUUGGGUUUGGAUUUUGGAUUACACAACCCGUAGAACCCGACCCAACCCGUGUUCCAACUAUUAGUAUGAGUUCGUAUCUAAAAAAUAUUUGUGUCGUAUAUAGCAAUACUUAUGAGAAAAUUAAGAUAUUUCGCCAUGUUUUUCUAUCAUGGUCUCCCUAAUCUAAUGCAUUCUUCGACUUAAAGUAUAGACAUAAAUUGAGUAUAGUUAUGAUUCACGUAAUCCUUUUUCUUGUGUACAAUUUUAAUAGAAUAACAUAUUAUGGAUGCGUUUGUUUAUAACCUUUUUAGCCUAUUUCAACAAAUAUCGUGGAAAAAACUAGACAUAUGUUGAAGUAAAUCACAUUUUAUUAAAAUUCAAACAACAUUUUUGAAUUUUGAUAGCUUUCACCUCGGUUUAUUCGUUUGAAAUUUUAAUUAGUUAUAAAAUAUUUUUAUGGUGUAUAAUAAUGAUAUAUUUUUAUGUUGGGUUGGGUUUUUACUUAAAAAUAUCGCCAACCCGACCCAACCCAAUUAGAAACAAACCGUAGGGUUUUAAUUUUUUUGGGUGGGUUUGGGUUUGAUAAUUUCCAAACCGUAGUGCAUGGGUCGGGUGAUUAAAAUGGUUAAACCCGAACCACCCGACCCAUGUACACCCCUAGUUGUAGCCACCUCAACACCCAAUAUUAAGUCUCGAAUGAAAAAUAUGUAUGACCAUCAAUAUAGGCAAUCAACCUAUAUGCUUCACCAAAAUUUUUAAUUUCUUUCAAAAUUCAAACAAAAUUAUAUUAUUUGAAAGUUCUGACAAAAAUAAAGUUCACGUUAAAAUAGAGUAUUAUUAUCAUUUCUAUUUUCUUAAUUAAUUUACAAGCGAUGUUAUGGAAAAAUAAAAAAACCCAAAAUGGGCAUUUAACGGAUCAUAUUACCACAAUCACGAAAAUAAAUUAAAAAAUUCUUUCUAUAACCAAACAUGAACGGUUGGGUGAUUGGGAAAAGAAACUAAAUUAGGGUAUCUGAGCUGAAAUUUUCUGAAGGUAGUACACAAAGGGCAAGAAAGAGGAGAAAUCAGAAAACUAAUCAAAAAAUUCAAGGCUUGCCCUUGCCGUUACUCCUAAUUGGCCAAUUCGAGCUGCAACCAGAAGCCGGAAAGCCUCAUCGUUGAUCAUCAGCUAUGGCGCUUCUCGCACCCAGCAUAACGAGCGAGGUAGGCUUGCGUUUGCUUCUUUCCCCAAUUGGUUCCAACGUUGUCACUCGAGCAGCAUGUUGCUCUGUUGGGAUUGUUCUGCCGGUUUACUCUACAUACCAAGCUCUUGAAGCGGAUGAUGAAACCCAGCAAAGGAAGUGGCUGAUUUACUGGGCAGCAUAUGGAUCGUUCAGCCUUGCGGAAGUCUUUGCAGACAAGUUGCUUUCCUGGGUCCCCAUGUAUUAUCAUAUGAAGUUUGCAUUUCUUGUUUGGCUUCAACUUCCAUCAGCCGAUGGAGCAGCACAACUUUACCGAAAGCACUUGCGUCCAUUCCUCUUGAAGCACCAAGCUAGAGUAGAUCUGCUAAUGAACUCUGCCUAUAAGGAAGCGGCAAAACUAAUUAUCUCACACCAGGCAGAAAUUGACUAUGCCACGUCUGUAUACUUGAAGAUCAAGGGAACAGAUGAAGGAGCAACAAUAGCUCGGUCCCAUGAGACAGCACGUCAACCCAGGAAUGAUGGUGAUGAUGAGUCGAGUAGAAACACAUAAAAACCUCCAUAUUUAUAUCCGAAUUGUGCAAGUAUAGUUGAGAACGGCAUUGUGCAUAGAUCAAGCCUCCCAGACCCUCUUUGUUAUUGAGCUUGUACAGGACUCGAUUGCAGUAGAAUCGAACUAGUAAUAGUCAGUGUUCUUUUUAGAGAGAUGUUUGCCACCGUAAGCUGCAGCCAGGUUUUGUGAAUUCGAUGCAGUGCCGCAUGGGUUCUCCACUUGGAUUGUGAGAUUUUUGUUCAUUCUCUCUUGGCCGAUCUUUCUUUGUAGCCACGUCGUUUUACAGCUUGGGUUGCUUUGAAUUGAUUGUUCCCUAUUUGGAGCAUAAGGUGAAAGUUAUCACUUGUC